ACCCAGGUCGCUCUCUGUGUUGGGCUUUUGGGGGGUUUAGUGGUUUCGUUGUGUCCGGCGGUUCUACAAUGAUGGGCUCGGCCCGAGGCGGGGUCCGCGGUGGACAAGAUCAGUUCACCUGGGAGGAGGUGAAGGCAGAUAAACACCGAGAGAAUUACCUGGGAAAUUCGCUGAUGGCACCAGUUGGACGAUGGCAGAAAGGGAAGGACCUCACCUGGUAUACAAAGGAAAAGAAAGCAGAGGGGACACAGUCUCGUAGUGAGGAGUUGAUGGCUGUACGGAGAGCUGAGCACGAAGCCCUAAUGGCAGCACUAGGGCACAAGAAUCCCAAAAGGAAACCCACCGGAAUAACAAAAGAAGAACUGUUAGAGGUCUGUAAACGUGAUACUGUGGAACCAGACAGCAAGGAUGUUGACAGAGUCCUUGGACUUGGCAGUUCCAGUGGCACUGCUCCCAGAAUGAUGCUGACUAGAGAGGACCGUGAGGCAGCUAAACUUGGACUGGCUGUUUUUACGCACCACAAAUCUGAUGACACCAGCAAGUCAUCAAGCCAGAAGCGGAAAUCAGAGCCACAGAGUGGAGAGCCUGAGACCCUAAAGUUUGAGGGCCAGAAACGACGCAAGAAACAGAAAAUCAGCAAGAAGAAGAAGAAAAAGGAAAAAAAGAGCAAAAAGCAUAAGAGCCGAACAAAGUCAUCACCGCGGGCGUCAAGCCAUCGAGACAGGAAGUACCAUUCAUCAUCUGAACAGAAGAUACACAGACAACAGCACAACAUGGAUUCUUCUGGGGGUAGUGGAACCUCUAAUCAUCACCCUGGAUCACUGUAAAGGUCAACAUUUAGCAGGCAAAGAAUGAAGAUCAGUGCUUGACUCUUAAGUGGCAUAACAAAUAUUGAACUUGAUUUGCAAACCAUGUUUGCAGAUGUGAAGUGUUUAUACAAUAUUCACUUGUCUUAAAUCUGUAGCAGUGCAAAUCUGCUUAGCACUCAAGGUGUAAAUAUUUAUGCACACAUACAAUGAAACAAAUUAAAAACAAUCAUUUCUCUAGCCACUAUUGGUCAAUCACCAGAAAAUGAAAGUAUUGUUUUCAUCCUGGUUCAGUGUCAAUUGGCAUAGCGAUUUGCUUCAAUAGCAGCACAGCUGAGCCUGAGAGCUUUUACUUAAAUGGUAAUGUACAGUUUGAAUAAUCAGUUCAAAAAAUUAAAAAGUCAUUUUUACCCCA